GGGAGACAGAACAAAAAGAAAAAGAGAGAGGAAGAGAGAAGAAGAAAAGGAGAAAGAAGAGGAAGGAGUUUCUUUUGUGCACGCCGCAGGAAUCUCAUCAAGCCAAUUCGACUUCAUAUUGUAACACCUUGGCCACGACUUCGACGAUACGAAUACCAAUUUAUUGUUUGAUUGUAGGCGACAGGAUUCUUGAUUAGUGGGCAAUAGAGCAAGAGUGAUGUCAAUGGGAACUUUUGGGAGUUGGAUUUAGUGGUUUGAGGCUAUGUUCUUCAGGUGAAAGGACAACCGUGUCAUCCCUCAUUUGAUGGUUUUGGGGUGUGAUAGAAGAACUUUUGUUUCCUCAGCGCUCUGUAUACUUUGUUCCGACCCUUCCAAGCACUCUUGUUUGAUCCUCUGCCGCUCACAUACCAAGCCAUGCCCAUUGCAGAGCUUUUUCUUGGUGCCUUUCUUCAAAUAUUAUUUGAUAGGUUGGCCUCUCAUGAGCUUCUCAACUUUGCACGACAUAAGGGUAUCAAUACAUUGUUGAAAAAAUGGGAGAAGAUGCUGAUCAAUAUCAACCAGGUACUGGAUGAUGCAGAGGACAGGCAACUAAACGGUGAUCUCGGGGUGAAGUCAUGGCUCGAAGAUCUCAGGAACUUGGCCUUUGACAUAGAAGACUUACUUGAUGAGUUCACCACAAAAUCCACAGAAAACAAAUCCAAGGUAAGAACCUAGAUUGGCUUCAAGACAAGCUCAAGGAAGACCUUUGGGGAAGAAGUUUCUUAUUGUUUUAGAUGAUGUUUGGAAUGAGAAUUAUGACAACUGGACAGCCCUCUUGAAGCCUUUUCAAUCUGGAGCGAAGGGAAGCAAGAUCAUCAUCACAACUCGAAACCUCGAAGUUGCUUCAAUAGCUGGUGCUCCACCAAUAACUCUUGAAGUGUUGUCAUUGGAUUCUUGCAUGACUUUGUUUGCAUUUCAUUCUCUUAGAGCCAUAAAUUUCGAUCAUCAUCCUGAUCUUGAAGUAUUAGGUCGGAAAAUAGCAGAAAAAUGCAAAGGGUUGCCAUUAGCUGUGAAGACAUUGGCAGGGCUGUUGCGCACUAAAGUCAGUCCAUAUGAAUGGGAAGCUAUAUGGAAUAGUAAGAUUUGGGAUCUACCAGAAGAAAGAAAUAACAUCCUUCCAGCUUUGAAACUUAGCUACCUCCAUCUCCCUUCCCAUCUGAGGAGAUGUUUUGCUUAUUGUGCUAUAUUUCCGAAGGACUACCAAAUCGAACGGGAUGAGUUGAUUCACUGGUGGUUUGCAGAGGGCUUGUUGGAGGGAGAAAAACAAAAGAGCCGUUGGAAUACAGGUUUGAGCUAUUUUAACGAGCUAGUAUCUAGAUCGUUAUUUCAAAAGUCGAAUAGCAAUGACUCUCAAUUCUUGAUGCAUGACCUUGUGAAUGACCUAGCAAAGCUAGUUGCAGGCGCAACCUAUUUUAUCUCAGGGGAAUUUGAGUUUGAGUGUGAUCAAAAUGAUGCAUCUUUAACUCGUUACGCUUCAUUCAUUUCCAGCCAUCGCAUUGUGCCAGAAAGAUUCAAGAUAUAUAAAGGAAUGAAGAGACUUCGGUGCUUCGUAUCGUUAGUGAAGCAAUCUAAGUAUUUUGAUAAGUCUUUCUUGUCCCAUAAAGUGUUAUGUGACUUGUUGUCAAGAUUGAAGUCCUUGAGGGUGCUUUCAUUAAGUCACUAUCACAUUAGUGAGGUACCAGAUUGCAUUGGCAAACUGAGGCACCUACGACAUCUUAAUUUAUCAUAUACUGAUAUUGAAACGCUUCCAAAGUCAAUUGUCGCAUUGUACAACCUUGAGGCUUUGUUGUUGCGAAGCUGUCGCCGCCUUAUCAAAUUACCUAAAGGUAUGGAGAAACUGAUUACUCUGAGAUUUCUCGACAUUAGCGACACUGGGAGACUAAUAGCAACGCCGAUGUAUAUAGGUAAUUUGGUGGGUCUUGAGUUGUUGUCCAAAUUUGUAGUGGGAAUGGAAAAUGGGUUGAAGUUGAAGGAGUUAAAAGACCUAACAAACCUUGGAGGAGAAUUGUGCAUCACCAAUUUGCAUAUGGUUCAAGAAGUCAGAGAUGCUAAGGAUGCCAAUUUAUGCACAAAGGAGGGAAUAUGCACAUUAUCCAUGCAAUGGGGUAUAGAUAUUAAAAAUUUUCGAAAUGAAGAGCUUGAAGGAGAGGUCCUUGAAUUUCUUUGCCCUCACAAAAACCUUGAAAAUCUCACAAUAUACUAUUACGGUGGCCUAGAAUUCCCGUCAUGGUUAGGAAGUCCUUUGCAUGUUAAUAUAGUGCAUUUAUGUUUACAUGGGUGUCACAAGGCCAAAGCACUACCAUCACUCGGGCAGCUAUCUUUACUAAAAGAAUUGCACAUUGAUGGUCUAAAUGCAAUACGCAGGGUAGGUUCUGAAUUUUAUGGAGUUGAAAGUCCUUUUCCAUCCUUAUUAACUUUGGAAUUCAAGGAUAUGCCACUGUGGGAAGACUGGUCUCACUACGUUGGCAUUGAAGAAGUAGGAGUUCUAUUCCCUUGUCUUGAGCAUCUCGUCAUUCGGGAUUGUCCUAUGUUGGUUGGAAGAUUGCCUAGUCAACUAAACUCUCUCAUAAAGCUCGAAAUCAAGUCAUGUCCACUUAUGGAUUCCAUGCUUUCUAUCAUAAGCCUUCCAUAUCUCAAUAAAUUAAAGUUUGGAGGUUGUAACGAUGGGGUGCUAAAGAGUUUGUUAAACCUGACAUCUCUUACCACUCUUAUUAUAGAAGACGUCGCUGACCUAACUUGCUUAAAUCAUGAGUUUACAAGCUCCUUGAUCAAAUUAGAGAAGUUGGAGAUGGGAAGUUGUCGAAAGUUAAUGUACUUGUGGCAAGAUAAAGAUGCAAUUAGGAAUCUCGUUUGUUUGAAGAGCUUAUGUGUUGAAAAUUGUCCAGAGCUCAUAUCUUUCGUGGCUGAAGAAGAUAUAGAGCUGCCUAGCAACCUCGAGACUAUUGAAUUGAGAUAUUGCUUCAAUCUACAGAAGCUCCCAAGCAAGACACACGCCCUCUCUUCUCUUAGAGGCUUGACCAUUGAGAAUUGUCCAAAACUCGUGUCCUUCCCUGAAACAGGCAUGCCGACAUCAUUGAUAUCGUUCAAUAUUACAGAUUGCGAGAUGUUGCAAUCUUUACCCAGAGGAUUAAGAAUUCAUAUGAAUGAACCAAACAAUAGUAGCAAUACCCAGGCUGACAUGAUGUCUUGUUUGCAAGAAUUAAGGAUCUUCGGAUGCCAUUCUCUACCAGCCUCUCAAUUCAACGAGGGAAGAUUUUUUCCUGCAACCCUCGAGAGUCUUAAAAUUUCAUUCUGCAGAGGAGUGGAGUCGCUUGAAGAGAUAAUUCUAGACCGUUUUCAGUCGCUUCAGGUGAUUGAAAUUAGGCAUUGUGAGAAUUUGAGAAGCUUACCACAGUGCCUACACACUCUGUCCCAUCUCACUUCCUUGAUAUUGGUCAAAUGUCCUACUCUGGAGCUGGAGUGCUUUCCUUCUGUUCCUCCUUGCAUCUCUUGCUUUUCUAUUAGGGCAUGUCCGAAGAUAAAAUCGUUGCCUGAUCAGUUGAAUCGACUUAAAUAUCUCCGUGAUCUUGAAAUUUUAGAUUGUGAGAGCAUUACGUGUUUCCCUCAUGGAGGAUUGCCGCCCCAGCUACAGGAACUUACAGUAUGGGGAUGUGAGAAUAUGAAGCAAUCGGUGAGGGAUUGGCUUACCCCCCUCACCUCCCUUCACAAUCUAUGGAUCGACGGCAAUGCUGGAGGAGUGGGAGAAGAGGAGGAUCUUCUGCUUCCACUUCCUCCCUCUCUGCUACAUCUCAGAAUCGAUGAUUUAGUGAAUGUGGAAAGACUAUCCGGCAGUCUCCCUCCCACUCUCCGGACCUUAGGGAUCUCACGAUGCCCAAAGCUUAGGGAGUUGCCCCAGGAUGGCCUCCCUCCCUCCCUCGAGCAACUCGUGAUCUUUAAUUGUAGGAUUCUCAGGGAGCAGUGCUCGAAACGGACCGGCUGCUAUUGGCACCUCAUCCGCGAAAUCCCAAAAGUUGAAUUAAGGGAUUGGUGAGCUGAAGCUUUAGGCCGUAACUAGGGCGUCAAAAGUACCCCCUUUCAUGAAGAUUUCUAUGUCUUGAAAUAUUUCAUUAAAAUCAGAUUAUAUUGUACUUACAUCAGGCGAAGUUUGUCGGUAUGACCUGGCGACUUAUGGAAAGGUCGAUAUACCCUUCCUUCACCAUGCCUCACCGGUAUUAAGUCUAGGAAGGAGAAGAUGCUGAAGGGGACCCUGGAUGUGAGAUUGCUCCUCAUUGUGCAGAAGAAGGGAGAUGCCACUGCAAUCUUCGUUCUUAAGGUCUUUGACUUUUUGUGGAAUCUCUCCCAUGAUUAGUUGGUCCUCGAAUUACUCAUGGCGAUAGAGGCCAAAGGAUCUGCUGCAAUUCGUAACUCUCACCGGAAGUGGCUUGCUGCUAGGACUGAAGAGUUGGUCUUCAUCCAGGCUGCAGUUUGUGGUGUGGUUUUUUCUAAUUCCUUAGCUGCAAACAAGGUUGUACGCAUACAAUCUUAAAGUGGUUGCUCUGACUUUUUUGUUGCCGGGGAAAUUGUCAGAAUGCUUUGAUUCUUAAUAUCUUGACUUCUGUGGAAACUUUUCCAUUA